UGCUUCUAUACAAACCACAGGCCUUGGAUAGCACUUCAGAUCGGUAUCGUUGUUAGAAUUGGAAUAAGGUGAAGCUGUGCUGAUAGUCUGAGUGAGAUGGAUCCGUUAUAUUCAAGUGAUACCUCUGGGAAUGGGCCUGAGAUCGAUUUGGAUCGAGCCAUGAUGCCAGAGUUGACAUCAUCCACAUCAUUGACGAACGUUGAGACGUCAAAUUCGAACAUAGAGGUCAUCCAUUCGGCCUUGUACGACCCAGAAGUACCCACGAGCUUCCAGUAUCCGCCAGUCUCGGAGAUCACUGCGCAGGAGUCUGGCGGCCAGCGCCAGUUAGAAGAGCCUUUCAAAAUGUCAACAAACAGUGUUCAAACCAUGUCUUUCCAAAGCAUUUCAGUGGAUCCUGAUGAACCCUUGCCACAAGGUUAUGCACUGAAUAGCGUGGAACAGGCUCAUGCUGAGGGUGGCACGAGUGUCGUGGGAGAUUUCCAACAGCAGCAGCAGCAACAACAACAACAACAACAACAACAACAACAACAGCAGCAGCAGCAGCAUGAGAUCCUUCAAAGAAGAAGGCUGACCUCAAAUAAGCUCAGUCUAGAUGAGAUGAGCUCAUCGAGGAGAGUGCUGGCGACAGAUUCAAAGACUUCAACUGAGUAUACACUCCAUAUCCUCUUCACACAGUUUGUGAGACAUGCUGAACGGAAGUUGAAUAUGUGCUUGACCUAUCCUCUUGAUGCUGAACCUCCUAUCGUUGAUUUGUUGGGUGAAGGUGUAGAUCAGGAUUUCGACAAAAUUAUUGCGUCUCUGGGUUACAUCUCCAGGAAUAACCCCAAACCAGUGAUUGAUUCGGUGAUGUUUUGGAGAAAGUCCAAGUCUGAAGUGGCAUCAAUGGCUGCUGAAGCUGCGGAAAAGGCGAUUCAGAUAUUGUCAGAUCACAAAGAAGCUGCUAGUUACAGAAAGCACUCUCACAGUGCAAGCACAGCGAGCAGAUUCUCACACAGAAGGAACACUUCGUCGAAAACAGCAAUGCAUCCUGAUUCAAAAUCUGCUUAUCUGGAAUCUCAAGCUCAAACGGCACGUGAAACAGCUGUGCAAGGUGAUAGAAAAUCGCUUAUAAGUAUCUACAUCCUUUGCCGGGUACUCAUAGAAAUUGUUAAACAGGUAAAUUUUGACACAAUCGGUGAUGAUCUUGGUGAUAAGUUGGAAGAGAUUGUAUUCUCUCAGCUGAGAAGUACAGAUCCAAUAUUGAUUUCAUCGAGUAUCAUCAGAUCGGCAAAUUGGAACCUUUUUGCAGAACUUCUUGGUUGCAUGUCUGAGAAGAGAUUCUUGAGUGUUAGCGAUAGAUUCAUUGCAGAUUUGGAAAAAGUCCCACCGGUAGCUCCAAAGGAGAUGGAGCCUUCUAUUCAUCUCUUGAUCCAUGGAAUGAGAUACCUCAAGUUGAAGAAUUAUCCUCUUGAAUAUUUCGAGGAGAGCGCAGAUUUCCUCCAGUCUAUAGCAAAGUUCUUUACCAGAUCAAAGAGUCAUUCAAUAAGGGUUGCCUAUGCACAGGUCUUAUCCAAGAUCUUGUUGCCUGUUGCUGAAUCUGUGACUGCGGAGGUGAAUCAUCCAACAUGGUCCGAAGCGAUGCUCACAAUUUAUAAAGCCUGUGGAAGUAUUGAUGUGAAUGAUAAAAAUUGGAUGACAAAUCUGACGUUAGCAACUUCUGUUCUGUGUGUCUCUCCAUCUGAAUUAUUCCUAAAUAAUUGGUAUGGAAUAGUUGAAAGUUGUAUCAAGCAACUUAAGGGGAAGGGUGUUACUUUAGAUGAGAAAGUGACUUUGUCAACUUGUAUUGCAAGAUUACUGUGGGUUUACAUUUUUAGAUGCACGGAGACUUUGAAUAAUACGACCAGAAAGAUUGAAGCCAUUAUGAAGUCUAUGUUCUUGGGUAAAGGAAGGCAAACAUGGAUGGUUACAGAUGCCACUCUUAUUAUGGUCCUCGUCCAGAUUUUCAGAUCUAUUGGAUAUGCCUCUCUGAAUCCAACUGUCGAGAAUUUCAUUAUUCCAAUGAUCAAGUCAGCUUUCAACGGUCAUAACUUGGAGAAUGUUCAGCAUGAAAAGGUCAUAUUAGCGGUCAAGUCUUACAUUGCUAUUCUUGGGGAUGAGGAAAGACCUCUUUUCCCGGAGAAUCCAGAGUUGAUGGAGAAGCCAGAUAUCAAUUUGAACGUCAAGACUAGUAACCAUGAAGAGAUAUCGAGGUAUGCGGAAAUAUUCCUGUUCCAACUUGAUUCGGCAGUUGGCUAUGAUGAAAAGCGUACACAGAACUCACCUUCUAAUUCCUUUUAUUAUAGUGCAAAGUCACCGUUUAGCAGCUUCCGCUUCGGUAACGAUUUUUCUCUGCAGACCACUAAGAACUUGAACCUUCAAACUCUAGCUGUGGUCAUUGAAUCGUACCCAUGGUUGAUCCAUGGAGCUCCAAACAAAACGGUGGAACUAUUGUGCAGAAACUCAUGCCAUGAUGAUUAUCGUGUUGCUACUGCUUCGGCGACUGCUUUGAAGACUUUGGCAUCGAAGGAUAAACUUCAUGGGUUGAUAAGUACUUUUGCUAAGUUUGCCUUCAAAUUUUCAGACAGACCUAAUCAGUCACGCGGAUAUGUCAUAUCAAAGGAUUUACUGAGGUUGUAUUUGGAAAUGUUGGAGCAUUGGUUGAACUCCUUCGGGAAGAAAGGCAAAGACAAAACAGAAAGUUUUGGCCCAGGUGCCAAGGUUACGGAGGAGAUGCCCGUUAACGAGCUUGAAUUGAAGAAUACUAUCACUGUUAUUGAAGAAGUUGAAGGUCAUGGAUUGUUCUUCUUGUCAUCGCAUGAUUUUGAAAUUAGAAGGCUGGCCCUUUCGAUCUUAAAGAUCGUUGAAAGCUUUGAUCAGGCUCUUUAUGAUAAGACUCAAGUCUCAAAGCCUAAGAAAAACCAUAUGCGUUCUAACUCAAAGUUUGCAGCAGAUGUUGGAACAAGAGUUAUCUUCAUUUUACAGAGCGUGGACUUUUUCAAGAUCAUUUCUUCUCAAAGACAACAUUUGAGUGUUGCAGAAAGAUCAAGACUUUCAAAGCUAAGUCAGAGAACUAGACGGGAUGUGUUGAUCAAGCUUGCAGAAUCUGAUUAUGGCGUUGAUUCAGCUCUCUGGUUUAGAGUCUUCCCCAAAUUGUUGAAUACCAUAUUUGAGAAGUGUCCUAUUACUAUGGCAUUGUGCCGUUCUAUUGUCUGCACCCGAUUGGUUCAGAUGUAUGAAGACAUCUUCCAAAUAUCUGACUCCAGUAAGGCAACAUUGUCGUCUGCUUCCUAUCCGCCUGAAGCUCUAGUAGAACAAUGGAAGCUAUAUUUGAUUGUUGCGUGUGCAUCAUUAACGUCAACAUCGGAGCAGAGAAUUCACAUUCCAGAUGGACCGGCCAAUGGAAAGAAAAAAUCUCAUCAGUUGCUUACAAUUCAACAAGGCACUAUCACUAGUGCCAGAUCUGUGUUCCGAUUGACGUUGAACUUGCUGAACAGUUCUAAUCAAUUUGUUAGAGAUGCCAUCAUCACAGGAUUGAGUUGUAUGAAUAUUAACAUUUUCCAGACUUUUAUUGAGGCUGUGGAGCCGAUAUUCGCAGAAUGGGAGAAAGACAUUCCAUCAAAAGACGUGUCCAAGAAUAGCCGUCUACGUAUUGAAGUCACACAUGUAUUGAACCUCAUUUCUCAUUUCCUGGACGAAGAUGCCAUUAUAAAGGAUGAUUGGAUUGUGGAGAGACUUAUUUCCUUCUUGAGAAUAAUUCUUGCCUUCUUAUCCAAGCCGGAUGUCCAGUUCAGCUUCGAAUUCCAAAAGCUUCGUCGUUAUUUUUCUGGAUUGUUGGAGAAUUCCUACAAUGGUAUUAGAAAGAGGGAUGAUCACGAAACAUUGUUUCCAUUCGAAGUGAGACUCGCAAAUUUUGCUUUCCUUGAGGAAUGGUGUGGAUACGGGAAGUCUUCUGUUGUUGCAAAGCAGAGAUACCUUCACAUGUCGAAAUAUUCAUCAAAUUCUCAAGAGCUCACUGCUUUGAAUUCAGCUAUUGAGUUUGAGAAACAGAUCUUGACACUCUCAGCACUAAAUGCGAUGGUCUCCCUUCUGAAAGGAAAAAUUGAGGAAGUGAGGGAUCAGACAGUUCUAAAGUUUGAUUUACAUGGCUUAUUAUCAUGGGUUGAUAUCCUGCUUGAUUCUUCUAAUGACAGAAACUUAGCAAUUGCUAAGAAAGCACUCAACAACAUGUUUGCUAACAAUGCGACAAAUGUGGUUCUUUUGAACGAGGUCUAUAAGAGGUGUAUUCUCGAACACAAAAUGGCUGUCAUUGAGAAUUAUUAUGUUGCUCUUGCGGAUGCUUUGGUUCAAUGUGAAGAGCUUCCAUUGAAAAAGCAUCAAGUGUUGUUGCUUAUACUUUACGGUAUUGGUUUCAGCGAUCACGAAAUCCGAUGUGCGGCCCUGAGACUGAUGGUGAGUGCAGAGAAGAGACUUUUUGAUGCCGAAUUUGUAUCAACUUUCUCUGAAAGGGUUAGAAACAGGAACAAGACUAUUUACAAAAGGGCCUUACUGGACAUUUCAACGUACUUGUCAUCCACAUACCCAGAAAUGAAUAUCAACCUUAUAUCGGAGCUCACCAAGUAUUUCAAAGUCAUCAACUUUGAAUCCAGAAGAGAUCUCUUAACAAUUCUUUUACCAUGGCUGCAGACAGUGGAGCUUCAUGUGGGAGAAGACCUUAGUGUCGAUACUAAAUCAUUCAUGGUUUUGAAUAAUCUUCUUGAUAUUACAAUCACCUUCUCUGAAUCUAUCCCAAAUGAAAUAGAGGCACUAUGGAUAUCCCUUGGAAAUGGUGGAAACUUCAACAAUUCGACGGCUAUACUGAAAUUCUGUAUCAACACGAGUUUAUCCAAAAGAAAUCCAUUGUUUGUGGAGUUUGCUAGCAAGGUUCUGGUCUAUCUAGCUCCUUCGUUCCCCGUUCUUGUGGACCAUCUUAUAUCGUACAUUGAUCAUAAGUAUAUGGUGCCACCGCAACCUAGCAGCCCUCAAGCAACGGUGGACAGUACAGAACUGCCGUAUGUCGCAGAUAUUUGGAGAACAUUACACUACACAGGUAAGGAUUCGGUAUUUUCUCUAGGUCAAUUGGCGUUAAUCUUUCUUUCAGAUCUAUUGCUUGUUCCUAAAGAAUCAACCACUGCUAAAAUCCCGCUUCUUCUACAUGCAUCAUUUGUUUUACUAGAUCAUUAUUUGCCAAUUGUGCAGGAGUCUGCUAAUAAGACCAUUAUCAAUAUUUUGGGCAAUGUUCCAUCGCAUCCGAAGGUUGAAGAAACAAAGGAGAUGAUUAGAAAUAAUCAAAAAUAUCUGUGGACAUAUGAUGAUUUGAACAGUGACAAAAAUGGUGCUAGAUCACCUAAGGAUAUGGACUUACUUAUUCGAAAUAUUCUUGAAAUUUUCAGCACUACGCUUCCAUCUAUGCAAAAAGAUUGGGGAAUGGUGGCGUUACUGUGGGCUACAAACUGUGCUGUAAGACACAUAGCGUGUCGUUCAUUCCAAGUUUUCCGUUCUCUCUUAUCAUUCUUAGACCAGUCUAUGUUGAAGGAUAUGCUCCAAAGACUGUCAAAUACUAUUUCUGAUAGUACACAUGAGAUUCAAGGAUUUGCAAUGCAAAUUUUGAUGACGUUGAAUGCGAUCACUUCUGAACUGGAUGCUGAAAAAUUGAUAGACUUCCCUCAACUAUUCUGGGCCACUGCUGCCUCCCUCCACACGGUGAACGAGAACGAGUAUGUUGAACUUCUCUCAGUUCUCAACAAAUUCUUGUCCAAAAUUGAUCUUGACUCUGAGGAUACUGUGCAGUGUUUGGUUUCUACGUUCCCAUCGAACUGGGAAGGCAAAUUUGAAGGGCUUCAACAGAUUGUCAUGAUUGGAUUAAGAUCAUCAGUUGCAUGGGAUGCUUCUCUUCAACUCCUUUCGAAAUUAAACAAACUGAAGGAUAGUGACAUCAUUGCUGAUGAUUCGAGACUACUCUUUGCCCUGCUGACAAAUACACCAAGGUAUUUACAUUCUUUUGAUGACGGCGCAAUGUCGAGUGAGAUUUUGGAAUCAUCUGAAGUGUUGGAGUUGAUGGCUACCAAUAAAGGCGAGACGAACCUUGCACGUAUUAUCAAUUCCUUUGGGAAGCAUAAAUUUAGAACUAAAGAUGAGUUCUUAAGACAAGUUGUUAAGUUUAUCUCUGAUAGAUACCUCAUGGAUUACAGUGGUCAGAUUGUGAUUUUCCUGCUUGGGUUGCUAUCCAACAAGAUGGACUGGGUGAAGAAGGAAACUAUGAGAACUCUGAAGUUGUUGUUCCCGAAGGUUGACUUGACUGCACCACAUUUCCAAGGUUGUGGUGCAGAUUUGAUAUCUCCACUCCUAAGAUUGCUUCUGACACCAUAUGCUGAACAGGCUCUUGAGGUGUUGGAUGAGACAACAUCCAUUUCUGGAUCAAAAUUGGAUAAGGAUAUCUUGAGAAUGAGUUUGGGUAAUAAGGCCAUUCGCAAGGACUAUGAAAAGACUGCAACUUUGUUCGGUAUUCCAGAAGAAAGCGGUUGGUCGAUACCAAUGCCAGCCGUAACUGCUGCAACCACUAGAAAUAACGUACAUGCUGUUCUGUCUACUUGUAUUGCACCAGUUGAGACAGAGACCUCAACAGAUGAGCACGAGCAGAUCAAAUUCCAUAUGGAUGAUUAUUAUUCGAGUGCGACUCAAGGUGAAAAAUCAGUUGCAGAGGAGAAUGACGAUUCCUUAAGUCAUAUGUGGGCUGAGUUGGAUAAUCUGGAUUCUUUCUUUACAAAGGAUGCAGAGUCUUCCUCACAAUUUUCAGGCACUACUGAUAACACUGGUGGUAACCAUUUCCGGUCAAUAUCUGUUGAUACUAGAGAUAGUAACAACGAUCAGUUGACUCCUUAUGAAUCCGCACCUCAGAUAUAUGACAAGAAAGUGUCUCUGAUCUUGAACCGAAGCCUGGCGAGAACCAAAUCCAAUACUUCUUUCAAGAUCUCGUUGGCCGAUUCCUUCACCAAUUUCGACAACCGUCAUCUGAACUCCGUCAAUACUCGUGUCUAUCCACGCUCCAAGGUGACAUCACCUAUAGGUACCUCGUCUAGAGCAACCUCCCCAAGUACCCCGUUAACGGACCAGGAUUUGUUCAGAUUCGAAGGAAUAUUGGGUAAAGAGCGUUCGAAAUCGCCAGCUGCAACAGUGCCAUUGGCCUCAUCGUCAUCCUCAGCGUCCUCCCCUGCACAGCGUGAUCCUCUCCAACCUAAGCCGAGAAAGAAGACUGGUCGUUUUACACCGCAAUCUGAGUAUCUGCCACACCUGUCACACUGGUCGUACUCUUCUCCAAUGUCGCCUAGCCAUGGACGCCAGAGCUUGAAGGAAAAAUCCUCAACGUUCAGUCUGAACAGAGAUAAGAAGAUGUUCCAUCCAGGUCCAUGAAUACUCUACAGCGAUCGAAUAUAUAUAUAUGAUAAUUGUCGUGGGAGGAAUUCUUAAGCUAUAUACAUGUUUACAAAGGCUUUAGCCUGAAGUUGGCAGGGCAUUGACCAUCUUACCAGAGUCA